AACUGGUGCGAGUUUAAUGGACAAGGAAGAGGUAUUUGUUUAGGUUUAGUCCGGAGAACACGCAUACCUUUCUUUUCUCACAUAGUCUGGCUCUUUUUUAAGUCGUCAGGAUGCCUUUAUUUUCCCAAAAUCCGUUUGACCAAGAUGUCGAGAAGGCAACCAAUGAAAACAACACAACAGAUGACUGGGGGCUAAUUAUGGACAUCUGCGACAAGAUCGGAACAACAUCCAAUGGACCAAAGGACAGCUUGAGAGCCAUCAUGAAGAGAGUCAACCACAAAGUGCCUCAUGUCGCCAUGCAGGCCCUCAAUUUGCUGGGUGCUUGUGUAUCAAACUGUGGCAAAAUAUUCCACUUGGAAAUCUGCUCAAGAGAAUUUGCCAGUGAAGUUCGAGGUGUGCUGAGCAAGGCCCAUCCAAAGGUGUCUGAAAAACUAAAAGCUCUGAUGGUGGAGUGGGCAGAAGACUUCCAGAAGGAUCCACAGCUCAGUCUGGUCGGUGCCACUAUCAAGUCUUUGAAAGAGGAAGGGGUCACCUUCCCCUCCGCGUCCUCGCAGGGGUCCACCACAAAGGCCAGCACACCUGCAGCAAGCAAACCAUCAGAUGAUGAUGACCUGGCCAAAGCCAUCGAGCUGUCCUUGCAGGAGCAGAAGCAGCAGGCGGAGACGCGACCCCUGGCUGUGGCUUCUGACCCCCCGGGCUACACGAAUGGCGGCGUAGUGCAGGAGGUCCGUAAGGUGCGUGCGCUGUACGACUUCGAAGCAGCCGAAGACAACGAGCUGACCUUCAAAACUGGAGAAGUUAUUCUCGUUUUGGAUGACAGUGAUCCAAACUGGUGGAAAGGAGAGAACCACAGAGGAGUUGGGCUUUUCCCCUCCAACUUUGUCACAACCAAUCUGAAUGCAGAGCCAGAGCCAGUGGCUUAUGUCGAGAAGACAGCUAGUCCUGAAGAGACAAGCCUGGAAACCAAAGCUGAGCCCGAGCCUGUCUUCAUUGAUGAGGGGAAGAUGGACAGAACACUGGCACUGCUGCAGAAUGCAGAUCCUGCAGAUCCGGCUCCCGACUCCGCGGAGCUGAUCCAGCUGGAGGGUGCAUGUGAGCAGAUGAACCCAAUGAUAGACGAGAAGCUGCAGGAGAUUGACAGGAAUCACUCAGAGUUGUCAGAGUUGAAUGUCAAGGUUUUAGAGGCCCUGGAGCUUUACAACAAACUCAUGAAUGAGGCUCCGUUCUACUCGGCCUACUCCAAGAUGCAGUCGCAGUACGCACCGGCCGGCUCUGCUGUGGCCAUGCAGGGCUACCUCGGACCAGCUGCUGCACCUUACAUGCCUCCAGCGAUGCCCCAGGGUCCCCCUGCACAGCCCUACACUCUGCCCAGCGACCAGCCCGGACCGCUGCACUCACUACCCCCCAACGUCUCCGCACCACCCAACACCCAAGCUGUUCAGCCGCCCUACAUGAGCAGCGGUAUGAACGCUCAGUACAUGAACCAAGCUGCCGGAGCUCCUUACCCACCCCAGGCGGGCGUGGCCAUGGAUAUGUCGGCCUAUCACAACUCCAGCAUGCCUCCCGUGUCCUAUCCUGUAGCUGCUCCGCCUCACCAGGCUCCCCAGCAGCAGCAGGCAACGUAUUAUCAGCAGCCUCUGCUGUAAAACGGACUGACAGCGGACCUGAGAGGAAUACAUACUUGAGAUAUUUCAGUUGUUAGCUGUGUGUUCAUUUGGCUUAUUUUGUGUGUAUGUGUGUGAGUGAGCGAGAGAGUGAGAGAGGUUGCUUUAGGAUAACACCUUUGGCUUUACUGUGCCUGUCAAGCCGGACUGAACACACCCCAGGAAAGUUGAAAUAACUGAGGCGUGUAUGUAACGCAGGUCUGCUGUGCUUUUGAGUCAGGACUCAGCUACUGUAUGUGAGGCUUAACAUGGUGCCAGGCGGAGGUUUUCUUUUGUCCUUGAGCUCGGUUUCUAUGGCUGACUGAAAGCAAACCUGUCACAGGUCAAACACAAAAGAAGAGUUGGGCUUUAACCACCAGUACAGCACCGUGUAAUGAGCAGCGAUUGUCUGAUGUAUGGAAAUGAGAAGUUUGCAAUCCAUAGUUCAGCACAAUGCCACUCCCACACAGUGCUGGCCUCCUUUAAAGAAUUCACACAAUAUCUCCUAUUCUGAGGUUAAUAAAGAGGGUUAGAUUGUCUUAGUGUAGAUACAUUUGAAAAAGAAAAAAAAAAAAAAAAGAAGCUUAUUUUCCCUCUAUUCACACAACCUUGUCUACACUGGUCAUGUAGCGAAAGCAGCAGCUGCAGUCUUCUGUCACUUGUCUGUAUUUGAUGCGUUCAGCCACAACACUGCUGUGCACUUCAAGUAUUCUGGCAGCGCUUAGAGCACAAGACAAGAUCAGUGUAAUUACAUGUGCAAAGUGGAAUAAAAUAGACUAAAACACUCCUUGCAGCUCUGCAAGUGCCGUUGCGUGAGUAAUCAAAACUGAAGCAUAUCUUUCCUCUCAGACGUAUGAGAUAGAUGAGUGCAUAUUACAGCUGAAACGUGUCUGCUUUUGACAGCCUGCAGGCCGACAGUGCUGUCCAGAGCAGAUACGAUUGAAAACAACAGUUGCAUGUUGUAAAGUGGGCGGUGGAAAUGCUCAUGAAUGGCCAUUACCUUUGCACGACGAGCUAGCGUGAAAUGAACCUUAUUCCAUACCUAAAUGGACGUUUCAAGUUUAUCUGCAGUAAUGGCUUCGGUGUUGUCGUCUUUUAGUUUGUAAUUACCAUCCUGUUUUUAACACCCCUUGGUGAAUUCAUCUGAAGACCGGUACGGUUUUAUUUGGACCAUCUCUUUGUUUCCUUUUGUGCUGAAACACUCUGGAUUGACGUGAGAGCUCAUCUUUCUGCAAAGUCAGCACUUAUUAAAUCUGUGGGACACGCUGCAGGUGCUCCUUUCAGGACAAAGUGUGUAGUUAAUCAGAAGGUAGAAGCUCUGUUUUUUUUCCUCACCAGCAUCCAUCACUGUAGCUGAUCAGUGUCUCGAGCAGAAUGUCUGAAGUACAAACUCUAUUUUUCAGCCAUCACAUAUGUAUGUCAACAGUUAUACAAGUGUAAAUGGUUCCUAGAUUUCUUCAUUCCCAUAAACCCACUGCCUUGUAAUGCAUUCUGUGGUUGCAUUCGAGAUAUUUAAGUAAAUUGUCCGUGUGUUUGUGUGCACGUGUUUUUUUUUUUUUACAUGUCUAUGUGUGUUGUGCGUUUGUGGACUUACAUAUAAAAUCAUCAUCGUUAAAAAAGAAAUACACUGAUUUUGGAAGGAUCAUCAGACUUUUGGAUGAAAUCUCUUUGUGUGCUUGUUAUUAAUCUGACAAAAUGCUGCAUCUCCUCAUGAUUAUGGCAUCAGUACCUUUCUGCCUCUCUUCAUGUGUGGGGUCUCUUCCAUUUAGUGGAAACCUGUUAGGAUUCCAUGUUUUAUGCAAAUGCACAAUACUGAGAUGUUUCAUGUCUGUAUACUUUCAAAUUUCAAAUCUCGUCAAUGACUUUGCCUGUACCUUGAUUUAUAUAUAUUGAGACAUUAUACAUGUGUAAUUUACAUGGUCGGAGGAAAUGUGUAAUUAUUAUUCAUACGUUGCUUCUGCUUUUACUUUAAUUGUCUUGGUAAAAUGUAAAUGGAACAAAAAUUUAGUAAAUCUUUAGUUGUUUAAAAAUGAAGAAGGAGAAGCGAGACAUCAUGUUUUGAACCUACUGUUGUUUUUCUUCAGUUACGAUUGAGGUAGCUCUCAUAGAACCUACAGUCCUGUUGCAGUAACUCCAUAGUUCUAAUUCUAGCCAGAGCUGUCUGUGUUUCCGUUGAGCACCUCGUGUUAAAUGCAUUGUAUAUUAGAUGUAAAAUACCUGGAUUUGUCAGUGACUUUGGCAUUGCACCUUAGCUUUGUAAACAUUUAUUUACCACUGAAUGCCUUGUUUUUCUGUAGAAAAAACAAAGAAUGACAUAGACACAACUUUGGUGAGUAACUAAUGUCUCAGAAUCCUCUGGAUAUGUAUAAUUCUGUAUAUUUAAAAUAUUCCAGCAAAAGUUCCUUUUAUCCAGGAUUUUAAAGCUGCUUUUGUAACAGAGCAAACUUAUAAAUAUUCUUUGAAAUAAAAAAAAUGACCUGUAUUAA